AUGGGGACUCUUUACAAAAAUUUAUGUCCGGGUUGGUGUUUUACAAGCAAUAGCAAUGUGGUAGAUCAAGGUAGGAUUGUGGUAGCUUGGUUUCCAAAUGCCUUCAAUGUGUUUGUGGAAUUGGUUACUGAUCAGUUGAUACACUAUAGGGUUAUGUUAUGGCAAGCACUCAGUAAGGUGAAGACUAAUCUUCCAUGGGUUGUCAUGGGGGAUUUUAAUGUAGUGCUGAAUUUGGAUGAAAGGGUGGGGUCUCCAGUGAGAUUGCAUGAAGUAGCAGAUUUCAGAGAUUGUGUUGAUCAUUGUGAAUUAGCUGAUUUGAAGCAAUGUGGGAGAUUUUUCACCUGGACAAAUAAACAAGAGGGAGGAAGAAGGGUGUUUUCAAAGAUAGAUAGAGUGAUGGUUAAUGAAGGAUGGAGAACUCAGUUUGAGAAUGCUAUGGUUCAUUUUAUGCCUGAAGGGGAUUAUGACCAUUGCCCUGGGAUUGUUAGGAGAGUGUGGGAUACUCAAGUGAGAGGGUGCCCUAUGUUUAGGGUCAUACAGAAGUUGAAGCAACUGAAAAUAGAGUUGAAGUUAUUGAAUAAGCAGGGCUUUUCUGAUAUUCAGGUUACUGCCUAUCAAGCUGAACAACAAAUGCUUAGAGCUCAAGAGCAGAUGCAUGAAAACCCUAGAGAUAGUACACUGGUGGACUUGGAGAAACAAGCUACUGAGGAGUAUAAGAAGGCCCAGGCUAUGUAUGUGAGCUUCUUGAAGCAGAAAGCUAAGGAUAGAUGGAUCUGUAUGGGGGAUGAUAAUACAAAAUUGUUUCAUCAGUCAAUCAAAGCCAGGAGAACUCAAAACAAGAUAUAUGCUAUUCAAGAUAGUCAGGGGUAG